AAGAAUAACAGUAAAUGUCCUAAAUGAUGAAAAAUUAUUAUCACCAUUACGUAAAGUAUAAUAUAAGAGUCCUAUCUCCACUAUAUAUUAAGAUAAUUUGAUUUUGAUCCUCCUCAAAGACAGUCAUGGCAAAAUUCAUUUUACUUAUGUUUAUUUGUUACUACUGUGGAUUAGAACCAAUUUUUGGCUUGUUGUCGAAACGAAAUGUAUCUUCCGAAUUUCUGUCCUCUUUGAACCAAGAAGCGUCAGAGGGAUUUCUUUGGAAUAACACUCGACUUCCACAAUCAGUUAUUCCAUUGGAGUACGAUAUAUUUCUCCAUCCCAAUCUUACAGAAGCCAGGUUCUCGGGAAAGGUGGAAAUCAAAUGCGUAAUUCGAGAAACAACUAACUUCGUUGUACUUCAUUCUAAAGAUUUAGUAAUUUCUCAGACAACAUUGACGACAAUCCCUUCCAAUGAGCAAAAAGAAGUUCGUAUGCAGAUGAAAAACGAUACUGAUCAACUUUUUCUUAUAAUGGAAGACGCCAUUCCGAAAGAUGCCGAAAUUCUAAUCACCAUCGUAUUCGAUGGGAUACUGGGCAUUAAUGGAGACGGGUUUUAUUUAUCAGAGUUCUUUACAUCAAACAAAAGUUCAAGAUACCUAGCUUCCACCCAGUUUGAACCUGCAAGUGCCCGAAAAGCGUUUCCUUGCUUUGACGAGCCCGCUCUGAAGGCCAAUUUUUCUAUGUCAAUUGUCAGGGAGAAAAAACAUAUCUCUCUCUUCAACAUGCCCCGGGUACAUUCCAUACCAAGGAAAAAUAAUCUUGUGCUGGACACUUUUCAACAAAGUGUCAAAAUGAGCACUUACUUGGUAGCAUUUGCAGUUGGUGAAUAUAAAGGGAAGUCCAAGCUAACGAAAUCUGGAGUGAAUAUGACAGUUUACUACGACCGUACGAGUCUGUUGGAAACUGUGGAUUUCUCUCUGGAUGCUGGUGGGAUCAUUCUAGACUACUUUAACACUCUGUUUGAAGUAUCGUACCCACUACCAAAUCUUGACAUGAUUGCUGUUCCUUACCACAUAGCGGCCGCAAUGGAAAACUGGGGGUUGAUAACCUAUAGAAAGCCAUAUCUAGUUAUACCUAUAAACUCGGGAUACGGAAGGAAGUAUAGAGCGGCGUCAGUCAUAGCCCACGAAAUUGCUCAUCAGUGGUUUGGAAACAUAGUAACUAUGCAGUGGUGGGAUGAUCUAUGGUUGAAUGAGGGAGUCGCUUCCUUCAUGCAAUAUUUAGGACUUCAAGCCUUUGAUAACGAAUGGAGCAUGGAAAACUUUUUUACUGAGAAAAUUAACUCAAUGAUGAGCGAAGACUUCACGAAUUCUCGAGCAUUAAAUCAACCAGUUGCUGUUCCCGAUUUUAGUAUAUUUAACGGCGUCACUUAUGCUAAAGGAGCUUCAAUCGUGCGCAUGGUCAGAGGCUUGCUUGGCGAAAAAGCCUUUAUGAACGGAAUAAAAACCUACUUAAACCAGAACAAAUAUAGCAAUGUGGUCAGCGAUGAUUUAUGGCAAGCUUUAUCAAACUCUUCUGAUGAUGGCAUAGACCUGAAAGCUGUCAUGAGUAUUUGGAUGGGGGAGAGGGCAUAUCCUCUUGUGACUGUCCGUCGAAAUCAGUCUGAGAUCCGGAUAUCCCAAGAACCAUUUAUCUUGAAGAACAACACGACCAGUCGUACCACACCUAUAUGGACAAUUCCCUUUCAAUACGGAAUAUUGGACCAACAUGGGCAUUUUUCAAGAAAAAUGUUUUUGUUGCGUGAAGAAACAGCAACUAUCAAAAUAAGUGGUCAUUUCAAACUCGUAAAAGGUAACUAUAGAGAUGAUGGAUAUUACAGGGUGAACUAUGACCCUGAAUCUUGGAAAGCAAUUACCGAUCAGCUUAUGACAAAUCAUGAGAUUUUUUCACCGGGAGAUAGAGCACAUUUGCUGAACGAUGCCGUUAGUAUUUUUGCAAGAACCAAACCCUUGAAUAUGUCGGUUGUUAUGGACUUGUUAAAUUACAUGGAAAAGGAAACAGAUUUUCUACCCUGGUUCUCAGCUUCUCAUUCAUUCGGGAUCCUGAUCAAAUUAAGACUGAAAGACAUCAAACCCGAAGUUAAAGUUCUAAUGCAAAAGUUUGCUACAGUAGCCACCAAAGCAUUAGAAUUGAUCGAGAACCAAUUGCAAGCAAAGGAAAACAAUAAGGGUUAUAAGGAUGCUAUGAAGGAAUAUAUGGUGAAUCUGAUCAGGAGGAUAAAUUCAAGAGUGAGCGACAGUUACCCAAGUACUCUAAGACCUUCCACUGAUAAAUUCACCCAGAAGAUGGACUAGAUGAUAAAGCUAUGCAUCGAAGGUAUUUAUAUCAACUGCAUUGAUGACUAUGAGAUGGAAUAUUAUCAGAUUUCGACUACUUGACGAAAUUUACUCCAAUUAAAUACAUUGUAUUUUGGAUUAGAUUUAUUUUACCUCUUAAAUCAUAUGCAUCCAUAAAAAUUAGCACGCUUUGUUUGCUUGAUAAAUGUACAUUCUGCCUAUCAAAUGCACGCACCUUCAAACUGUUAAAUAUUAAUAUAUCAUUAAAAAAGUAUUAAUUGUG